CAUGGAUCCGCUCAAUUGGAGCUAUGCCAAAGUGCUGGCGUGCCACCUGCUGCAGAUUCCGGCGCCAACAAGCGACGAGAUGUUCUACCGCCUCCAUGGCCGCGUCAUCACGCGCGCCCAGCUCGUCGGCGUCGUGGCCAGCAUGCAGCACAAGACCGACCGCACCGAGUAUCUGCUCGACGACGGCACGGGCGAGGUGCUCUUUGUCGCGUGGCAGACGGACGCGCCGCCGUGCCAACUGGGCGACCUCGUGCAUGUCUUUGGCCGGCUCAAGCCAUCCUGGGAAAGCAGCGUCGAGCUCCACGCGACCAAAGUCGUCGUCGUUUCGGACCCGAACGCAGAAAUGUUGCACUGGGCCCAAGCGCAGCUCCUCUAUCAGCACGUGUACAACCAGCGGGCGCCGUACGUCGAGGCAACGCUACCAACGCCGCGCGAGACCACUCUCGAAGCGCUCUGUCGACACGCGUUCCUUGGUCUGCCGCUGCCGGUUGACACGCCCGACAACGACGACGCGCUAUCCGUUGCGAUCGUGACACAUCUCGUUCAAGACGGGGCGCCACCAAGCAUUCGGUUCCGUGACGCAGUCGCCAACGUCGACGUGGUGCCUCCCAUGGACGCGUCCGCGCGCCUCGGUCGCUUUCGAAAGGCGUUUGCGAUCCUGCGCCGCCUCGGCGCUCUGUACCUUCAAGACGCGGACCAGGACAUGUACUGUCUUUUACGCUUUGAGACCAUGGCGUGGCCCAUCAUUGUCCAACGGCUCGCCCAUGGCCAGCGCCAGCGCAAAUCAGAUCUGAUUGCGCUCGUCGUCGCGUCGCCCGCGUGCCGUCAAGUACCAUUGCAUUGGGUCGGUGACGGCGUCGACGCGGCCGUUGCGGCGCAGCGCCUUGCUCUCGUCGACGACCACCUUGCCUUGAGCGCCUAGGCCAGGCACUGCGUGCAUACUCUGGUAGUUUGUAUACCAUGUAAACCUAAGCCAAGGAGCCGGCGCCCA